CACAAACUUCUUUCACACAUUUAAACCCACUAACUCUGUCACACACAGUGCCAUUACACGAGAGCCGCGCUGAACGCCACGCACUGACGCGCCGCAGGUCCACGCUCGAGGAGUGUGUGUGAUUGAGAUCUCGUGCUUGUGUGACUAAGUGUGUGUGUGUGUGUGUGAGCUGCAGUCAUGGCCGUGGACGGAACAGACCAGCGCGCGCUGCAGUAUGAACAAACUUUGAUGUACGGGCGUUACACUCAGGAAUUGGGUGUUUACGCUAAAGAAGAGGCCGCACGAAUUCGAGAGGACAGUCGUCACCGGCGCUCCAUUUCCGACCAGAGUCCGUCCCUCAAACUCCUGGAAUAUGAAAAGGGACGAUGCGUCAAGUGUCGAAUCUGUGCAGUGCAAUGCCAGCGGUUCCUCAUGUCGCGGGUCGGCGAGGAUUGGAUCUUCCUCAUCCUGCUGGGACUCGUCAUGGCGCUGGUCAGCUUUGUCAUGGACUUCUGCAUCGCCCUCUUAUUACAAGCACAGAAGUGGAUGUACGGCGGUUUGGACAGUAAUGUGAUUCUGCAGUAUUUGGCGUGGGUCACUUAUCCUGUGGUCCUCAUCAGUUUCUCUUCUGGAUUCACACACAUAGUUGCUCCUCAGGCAGCUGGUUCUGGUAUUCCUGAGAUGAAGACGAUUCUGAGAGGUGUGGUGCUGAAGGAAUAUCUCACAUUAAAAACAUUUGUGGCCAAAGUGGUCGGUCUGACGUGUGCACUGGGCAGUGGAUUACCUCUGGGCAAAGAGGGGCCGUUCGUGCACAUUGCCAGUUUGUGUGCUGCUCUUCUUUGCAAGUUCAUGUCUUUCUUCGGUGGGAUUUAUGAGAACGAGUCCAGGAACAUCGAGAUGCUCGCUGCUGCCUGUGCUGUCGGUGUUGGAUGCUGCUUUGCUGCUCCCAUUGGAGGUGUGUUGUUUAGCAUUGAGGUCACCUCCACAUUUUUCGCCGUACGAAACUACUGGCGAGGAUUCUUUGCUGCUACAUUCAGUGCCUUCAUCUUCCGAGUGCUGGCGGUGUGGAACCAAGAUGAAGAGACGAUCACAGCUCUCUUUAAAACACGCUUCAGGCUGGACUUCCCCUUUGACCUCCAGGAGCUUCCAGCCUUUGCUGUGAUCGGGAUCGCCAGCGGGUUCGGAGGCGCCUUAUUUGUAUAUUUGAACAGACUGAUCGUUCAGUUUAUGAGGAAACAGAAAACCAUCAACAAGUUCCUCAUGAAGAAGCGUCUGUUGUAUCCCGCUCUGGUCACUCUACUCAUAUCAACACUCACUUUCCCUCCGGGCUUGGGGCAGUUCAUGGCCGGGCAGCUCACACAAAAGGAGACCCUGGUUUCGUUUUUUGACAAUCGCACCUGGGCAAAGCAAGGAAUCUCAGAAGACUUUAAUUAUGACAGUCACUCGACUGCCUGGAAACAUCCGCAGGCCAACGUCUUCAUCGUCCUCGUCAUCUUCAUCGUUAUGAAGUUCUGGAUGUCCGCUUUAGCCACAACUCUUCCUGUGCCGUGCGGAGCUUUCAUGCCUGUAUUUGUCAUCGGUGCCGCGUUCGGGCGUUUGGUGGGUGAGAGUAUGGCCGCGUGGUUUCCAGAGGGCAUUAAUACAGAUGGCACCAUCUACCCCAUAGUGCCCGGAGGAUACGCUGUUGUGGGAGCGGCGGCGUUAUCUGGAGCGGUCACACACACCGUGUCAACGGCAGUGAUCGUGUUUGAGUUGACGGGUCAGAUCAGUCACAUUCUGCCCAUCAUGAUCGCUGUGAUUCUCGCCAACGCCGUCGCACAAAGUCUUCAGCCGUCCAUCUACGACUCCAUCAUCCGCAUUAAAAAACUGCCGUACCUGCCUGAACUCGGCUGGGGUCACCACGAGAAAUAUAAUAUCCGUGUGGAGGACAUCAUGGUCCGAAAUGUUCGUUAUAUCACUCUGAACUCCACAUACAGAGACUUACAUGAUAUUCUUCUGAUGGGAAACCUCAAAACACUGGCUCUGGUGGAGUCUGCCGAGUCGAUGAUCUUGUUGGGUUCGAUUGAGCACACUCAGUUACAGGCACUCCUAACGCAGCAUCUUGGUCGCCAGCGGCGACUGGAAUACCUGCGAGAGUGUUCGGAGGCAGAGAAAAAACGUGUGUCUGUAGUCAGCACGCCCAGCAGCGAGGAAGGGGGUCACAAGGUCAACCACGAGGUUCGCUUCCAGAUCUUCACAGAAGAGUCGUCGUUCCCUCCCGCUCGUCCUGUCUCUCCUAAACCUCUGAAACCUGCUCUGAAGAGAUCGUCAGUAGCAGAGAAAAACACAGAGAUUCCUACAAGUCCUCCUGAUCAUGGAAUGGGCUUCAAGAAUUUACUCUGCACUCGCCCUCAGACCGACGCAAUGGAGGAUGACCCAGACGCAGAAGACGAUAUGACACUUCGAGAGAUUGAGGAGUGGGAGGAGCAACAGCUUGACGAACAGGUCAACUUUAACAACUGCAAGAUUGACCCCGCCCCCUUUCAGCUGGUAGAACGCACUUCACUGCACAAGACUCACACCAUCUUUUCUCUGUUGGGUUUGGAUCACGCUUAUGUCACCAGUAUCGGACGACUCAUCGGGGUGGUUUCACUGAGAGAGUUGCGUAAAGCUAUCGAGGGCUCCAUGACGGUGAAGGGGGUGAAAGUGCGCCCGCCGCUGGCCAGUUUCCGUGACAGCGGGACGAGCGGAACCAGCAGCGAAAGUGAAGCCACCGAACUCCACAAACUGUGGGACCGUCACACAAGCCUCACGCUGCCCAGAGAACACCAACCAAACACCUCCGAUUCAGACGAGAAGUCCCAGUGAUGUCCGAGAGGGACGAGAGGCCGAUCACAAACUAUUUAUUCGUUUUAUUGAGACACAUUCUGCAGACCUGCAAUCCUCUUGGAUCUCAGAGCUUCCCGUCUUCACUUUCUACACUAAUUCUAUUUCACGUUUGGAGAAUCAGGGACUCUUUAGACUUCGUCCUGUCCCAUUUCAUGUGUGCGUGUUUGCGUGCGUGUGUGCGCGCGUGUGUUUGCAUGCGUGUGUGCGCGCGUGUGUUUGCGUGUUUGUGUGUGUGCGCGCGCGCGUGUGUGUUUCAGAAAGGGACAAGAAUUUGUAUUGUUAGUGUUUCCUUGCAUUGCCUCGUCAAGUCUUAUUUUCACUGCAAAACUUCCGUGUUUUUUUAGAUAUUUUUUACUGGAAAACUACGGAGGGCCAAAUUGCUCAUAUUUCAACAAAUCAUUUAUUUUUCAUACUUAAUGAAAUUGUUAAAAAAGAUUAAAUCGCUUUCAUUGAGUGAUGUGCCGAUAACCAAAUAACCUCGUGCUUAAAUUAAAAAUCGUCCUAUAAAAUAAACUAAAAUAAAAAUGGACACAAACUAGAGCUAAAAUGAAAUACAAGAGACAUUCAUUUAUUUAUUUAGUGAUUUAAUCAUUUAAAAAAUAAUAAAAUCAUUCAAUUAAUCAUUUCACAAUUUUUUUUUAAUGAUUUAUUUAAAUACUUAUUUGAGUCAUUUGGCCCUCUAUAAAAUACAAAAUAAAAAUUUGAAUAUAUAUAUAUAUAUAUAAUUUGUUUUUGCAGGUUUACGCAUUUAAAUUUAAUUAAAAAAUAAAUAAUUGAGCAAUCUUUAA